GGGGCUCAUUAGGCGACCUGGCUGCAUUUUCAGUUUAGGAAGAACAUGAGCAUCCAUCCUUCACUCGCCGUCAUCUCAGGUCACAUGUAAUCAACAGGAGGCUCAUUCCCUUAUUCCCUAUUAGUCUUCUUUGGUCUUCUAGAAAGUUUUGUUGAACUCAAUUGCUUAUCGUUCUGAGACAGAGCUGAAUUUCCUGAUAAAAGAGUCAGAGGACUCUAUGAAACUAAGGGGCUAAUGGGGACUGUCUCAAUGUCUUUGCUCCUGAAGGAAAAACAUGAACUUCUGGAUAAUACUGACUUCUGGCGCCUUAACGUCUUCUGUAGAAAUUGCAGUAGCAUCACAGUUGCCAAAAUUCUGGAAUCUCGGAGAUGUCAACCAAAGUUCCAUUAGUAAUUUGUUAGGUCUUGUCACUUCACCUCAACUCUGAGCUGUAAUGACGCUGCAGAAGGAACCAUAAUUUUGUAGUGUCUGAGGCAGAAAAGACCAGGAUUAAUAAACAGCACAGGGAGAAGCCUGAGUCUGAGUUGAAAGAACAUGAAAAUACAGACCCUAAGAGCAAAGGAAGGUGUCAGAACAUUAUUCUGCCAAAUUUUCAGCACUGAAAGUAAUCCACAACUUCGGAAUGGGAGCCUGGCCCCUUCCCCACUUCCUGUGAUCAACCGGGGCUGAGGUCUCUGUGGGGAUGCCUAUACACCACCAGAAAUCAGACUCCUUGGAGAUGGACUCGGACUUGCCGCCCAGCUGCAGGCUCAGCGACCUGAGCAGAGGGGGCAGUUUAGAGAGUCGAAGCAGCAGUUGUCGCUCUAGAAGUUUCACUUCGGAUGACGAGAUCCUGAAGUACCUCACCCACGAGGAAAAGGAUGUCAUCCUGUUUUUUGAGGAGACUAUUGAUUCCCUGGAGGACGACUUUGAGGAGCUGGACCUGUGUGACAGCGGCGUACACUGCCACUCUCUGCGGUCUCUGGAAGAGGGCGCUUCCAGUCACUCGGAGCCGGAAGAUGUCAUCGAUUUAGUGCAGCCAGGACCUGCAGCUGGGGAACCCGAGAGCCGUCCGGAGGGGACCGAGGCAGCGGGGGCUGGACCUGGUGGAAAGGAAGACAUUCCUGACCUUGAAUGCAGGAAGCAGGAUGCUGAGAAUUCGCCCCCUCCAGACUCCACGGUUCCAGAGGCCCCUCCUCUGUCGCCUUCCCUGCCUGUCACCGCAGCUCCAGCCCACCCCAGGAAAGAGCUGCUCACUCCUUCUCCCCCAGCAGAGCACCCAAAACUACCCCGCUCGGUCCCUACUCCUCUUGUUAUCGCCCAGAAAAUUUCCGAGAAGCUGGCAGGAAAUGAAGCACUUUCGCCCACAUCUCCCUCGAAGGAGGGCAGGCCUGGAGAAUGGAGGACACUGGCUUCUGGGGCCCCUCGAAACGGGGACCACCUGCCAUGGCACAGACCCACGACACAGCCUGCACCCAAGAUCCACCGCUUCCCCAGCAACAUCAGCGUGACCAACAGCUCGGGGAAGGAGUUCAACAAGACCAUCUCGAAAGCAGCCGUCAACGUGCAGGAGCGGAAGGCCCAGGUCUUGGCCAACAUUAAUGGUAUCUCUUUCCUCACCGUGGGAGAAAUGGAAGAUCAGGCCCCAAAGGGCCAUCUCACUGAGCAGAGGAGAAGCAUCUCUCCAGAGCAGGGCACUCGGGACCAGAGCAAGCCAGGCCCCGGCCAGGAAGCUGUAUCCUCGCGGGCGGGAAGGCAGACCAGCGGUCAGCAGUCCAGAGGCGUGCAGACAGAACAGUCCCCGCCGUUGGCCAAUGGCUUCCAGAGCAUCCACGAUGUCCUAAAGAGGGAGCCUAGUGCCUUUGUCUCUACUGGAAAAACUGUCACCAUCCAUCCAGACCCGGCUCUUACUAGUAAACUUGCACGCCAGAACGCCAGCAAGAGCUUGUAUGAGCACCGGCAGCCGGACUGCAGCCAGGAUGCGAGGAGGCGGUCGGGUUCGCUCCCCAGGGCCGUGGGGUUCAGGCCGCAGGGCAUCACUGUCCAGUUCUCCGGCCGAGGCUCCACCGAGGAAGCCCGGAGGGAGGCCCUGCGGAAGCUCGGCCUCCUGAAGGAGAACUUGUGAUGGAGGCUGAGCAGGGAGCUGGAGGAGGCACGAUGCCUGGUCUGUCUGGCAGGAGAGCAGGAGCAGCAGUCCCAGCUGUUGUGCCCGGCUGAGGGCUAGAGACGAGAGGCGCCAGGACUCAGUGGUCCCGACUGAGUGAAGGACAGAAAGUGCGGCCCCACUCUGAUGCUACAGCCGAGCAGGGGGGAUCCUUCUGUGAAAGAAGGUCCAGCCCCAUCUCUUGUCUUCCUUUUUCCAGGAACUUAGAGAAUAAUUUUAAAAACCUAUUUGUUCCUAUAAUUUGUAAAUGCCAUAUACUUUUUGGGUUUAAGAGGAGGAGGAUUGGGUCCAAUGUGUUAUUCUUGUCUCUAAUUGAGCCUUUUAUCCCAAGGACAUGACAUGAAGCCAGUUUAGAUCUCUUAUACUCAGUUCUCUAAGAAAGGGAGUUUCUAAGAAAAAUAAAAAAGAAAUGCUUGUUAAAUUUUCAUAGUGUCUUAAAAUAUUUUUCUGGUUUUUUGUUUGUUUUUGAAGGGUAAAUAACAAUGCGCUUGCCCUAGAUAUGCCUUUGUUGCUUGAUAUAACUUGGUUUGCCCAGUUUUUUGUUUUUGUUUUGCUGAGGAAGAUUGGCCCUGAGCUAACAUCUGUGCCAAUCUUCCUCUAUUUUGUAUGUGAGACGCCGCCUCAGCAUGGCCACCAACAAGUGGUGUAGGUCCGCACCUGGGAUCCAAACCCCAGGCCACCGACUGAAACAGAGCCCACAGAACUUAACCAUCAGGCCACCCGGGCUGGCCCUGCUCAAUUCUUUUUUUAAUUGAAAAUUAAAAUGAAACCUUUAGAGUAUGAUUUACUGUAAUUUUGAGGUAUGGGAGUGGAAUAGAAAGGUUGAGUUUGGAAAAGGUGGUAAUCUUAAGAAAGUGAGUCUCAUGAGACUAGAAGGUCUGUGUUCCUGGGAGAUGUGUGUAUGAACGUGUAUUGUGUAUAUACAUGUACAUAAUAUAUGUUAACAUAUACACAUGUAGGUAUUGUGUGUGUGUACACACAUUCAUAUGACAUACAUAUAAACUUCUUAAACCCCUGUUGAGUAAGACAGGAUGCAGGAGCUUCCUAUCCUCCUGAUGGACACAGCCAUCUCAGCAUUGUGAUGGGUGACACAGAAAUGUUUACUUCCUAAUAUGGAAAUCUUUUAAGGACCCAUCUCCAUAAUAUUUCAGUGAACCAAAGUGCUUUUUCCUCAACAGUGUGUUGUUCUGUUCCCAAUUAAAGUAAUAUUCCAAAGAAGCAAGAUAGUUCCUUUUUUAGUAAAGAAUGUUUUUAAAGAUUUACUUUAUCACCUAAUAUUAAUUUAUCGCCUAAUUUUAGUUUUGCAUGUUCCGAGGUAGCCAGUAAACAGAGGAAAACAGAAGAUUCUUAAGAUCCCCUGUCUUCCAUGGGCAAGAUCUCAGGAUUAAUUUAAAAGGGAAAAAAACAGCGAACCAAGUUUUGCAGCAUGAAAAGAACUGGUUUUCUGCCCAACUGUGACUUACAUGCUGAGCUGUGGCCACAGCAUUAUUAUCAAACCUCUGCGAGGCUGGGGUCUUAAACCUCUAAAAAUAGACCGGGAGGGGCCACACUUGAAGUUACGCCCUUUUGUUAUUGUCUCAGAAUCUGUUUCUUUCCUGUUGAGUAUUAUUUAAAUUCAUACUUUUAAAUGUGCUGUGAAGGACGUUUUUCAUAGUAUUCAGUUUGCCUUGUAAGUUACAUAAAAUGAUUGUAAUUUUUUCCUUAGAACUACAGUAUUUAGCAUCUCGUCCAGCCCUGUCCUCUUGAAAUAAUCUCAUAGGUUCUUGACGGUCUUUGUUUCAAUAGGUGCUUUGAUUUUAGAGGUUUGUAAAAUAGCUUUUAUUUUACUCCUGUUCAUGUUGGGUUUGUUUAAAGGAUUCUCGAGGGCUGUAUUCCCUUUUUAUAAAGUGAGAUGCCAUACAGUGUUUAAAAAUGGAGGGUCUUGAUAUGGCUAACAUUUUAAAUGUCCUUUAUAUAUGAGGCUUCUUUCUUUUUAUCUUAUCCUAUGACUUCAUUGUGAUUAAGGUGAACUUGACUAUAUAUUAGCUUAUUUGUUCUCAUAAUGACAUUUUUGAAAAAUAAAUGUAGAGAUUUACCUUAAGUAUAAACAACGUUGUGCAUUUUAUACUUAUCUCAAUUAUUUUCUUUUAAAUGGUUAUAUCUUUUCCUUCUGUUUAUUCAUAAUUUCUUCUACCAAUUAUACUGACUGUUACUCUGGUCAUUUCUUGUGCCCAAACCUUAGUGAUUAAAGCCAUAUGUUUUUACAAGGUUGAAAUUAUAGCCCCUACUGAACUAACCUGGAUGUGUAUGUGUCACGUUAACACAAACACCCAGUUUGCUGAGGGGGUUAGUUUCUUUGCUGUAACUAUUGUUCUCGGACGUUCUUAAAGGCUCAUCUUCAAGGGAAUUUAAGGACCGUAUUUCAAAGCAGAAUUAUAAUGAAAAGUGCCCUUUUUUUCUUUCAAGCGAUACUUGUAAAUCAGUCUCCAUUUUUAUGAAACUCUUUAUCUGAAUACUUAAAAUCGUUGGGGGUGGUGGGGGGGAAUUUUCCUCUGCUUUUAGGAAGGUGUGUACAAAUGGCCAAACCAGAGUUGCAUCUGCAAAUGGUAACUCUCACCUGUCACCAGGGUAACGGUUCGGUUCUCUCCCCCGCCCUCUCCGAUAUUUGGUUCCCAGCGUGCACACUUAUCUUCACAACACCGGGAGAAAUUCUGAUCUGUGCUUCUCUCUCCCCAGCUCACGUUCUCAUCUGAUAAGGCUUGUCGAGGAGGAAAGGUACAGGCGGGGUGGCCCUCGAAUGACUCAAGAUGCACACGGCAGAGGGCUCCACCUGAGCUGCCUUCUUCCUCUUUUUCCUCCUCUGGCUGCACAAGCUGAGCUGACAGUAGGACUGUGCACUCAGAGUUCCCCAUGGGGAGCUCCCAGUGUCGGCUCCCCCUUUGAAAUGAGCUUUUGCAAAGAGCUCAGGGGAGUCAAGAAGUGAGGCCUUAACGAACCCUUAGGACUGAACUUUCCAUUUGUAAGAAGUCAGAAAUGUAUCUCUUUUUAAAAUUCCCACAGUGUUGGCUACGUGGAAUUUGACCCUUUGGAGGAUGGGUGGUGAUGUUUUUUAUACGGGUGAUCUAAGAAAUCAGUUCUUUAUGUUCACUCAAGAGGAAUGAAGAGAGAAUCAAGGUGUAUGGAACAAUGUACUCUGUUUUCCUCGUGGAGGUGCAGAGGAGGCAUUGCCCCUCUCUGAGUGUAUUUCAUCACCCCGACAAGUUUAAUAAACUUUUUUCCGUAAA